AUGAAGCUUGCCUCGGGGUUAACCCUCACCACGUCUGGCUUCCAGUUGCUUAUGUUUGGCCGUCGGAAAGAGGGUCUCACCCCGGACCAAUACCGCGACCACUACGAGAAUGUCCACAUUCCCCUCAUGAAGAACCUCACCGGGGAUACCUUCCCUCUGACUCACGAGCGACACUACGUGAAACGAGACGGGCCGCCUGACUUUCCUGCGGCUGUUUUAAUGGGCAACCAGGCGGACUUCGACUACGACGCGGUGGCGGUACUCACGUAUCGGGAUAAGGCGCAUUUUGACGCCAACUGGGCUUUCUUUGAGGACGAGGAGACUUCGAGAUUGAUCAAAGAGGACGAGGAGAAGUUCUCCGCGUGGGUGACGGGUGUUUUCAUCGGGCAAACGAUUACUACUGAUACGGGAGAUACGCCCAACUAA